AUGGAAACGGACAAUCUACCUCUUUCCCCUCCCCCGGAGCCCAAGUCAUCGGAUUCAAACACGAAUGAAACCGUUAGUCUCGACUCGCCAGUCCGAACUACACCCAUCCACGCGCUGCUACCUGAGGUACGGGUUCCCUCUGAUCCAUUACCAAGUCACCGGUAUCAUCCUGUUACAUGUGCGCCACUGGAUGUAGUGGAGUUGCAAACAGAGUUGCAGCAACUACGAAAACAAUAUACAACCUCUGUGGCGGCGCGUAAGGCACAAGAGGAGGCCGCAAAAGAAGUGAAGAAAAGGAUCGAAGAUGCAAAGGAGAAAACAGAACAAAUACAAAAGACCAUGCAGAGGAAGACCGAAGAGAGAGAGAUGGAAAGAAAGGUGUUUUUGAAGAUAAAAAAAGAAAAGGAGGAGAAGAUGCAGGUUGUAUGA